AUGGCGUUUACAUCGAGCCGGACAAACAACAACAGCACUCCACUCCCGUACUUAACAUGUCUUUUUCCUGGCGUUUCCAAGGAGACUCAACAGAAUCUACGAUUCGUCAGCAACACAGUCCUCCUCCCACUCAAUAUGACAUUAAACUUCACGUCAUUCACCGCGAACUUUCUCCUUCUCAUUGCCGUGGCGCGAAUAAAAGUUCGCCAGCAUCCGUCUCUCAUUCUACUUUGUAGUUUAUCUUCAAGUGAUUUAAUCUGGGCAGUGCUUAGUUUCUAUGGAAAUACCAAAAUUAUAGUACACAUUCAUAACUGUCCAUCAAGUGGAGCAGAAGAAAUUUACGUUUCAAUCUGGUACAUCUUUGCCACCCUCAGUAACCUAACCUUCAUUAGCAAAGAUCGUUUUCGGGCAGUGAGAAAGCCUCAAUGGUAUUAUAAUCACAUGACCAAGUCACGUGCCUUGAAGGAAGCCAUUAGUAGCUGGCUGAUAAGUCUAACUACAGUAAUUACGAUAUAUGUUAUAAUUGUCUAUCUGCCAGAGAAAUUCGCAUUCAUUAAGAAUGUUAUUGCCGUAAUAUUCUGCUCUGUUUCUGUAUUUAUAAUAAUCUCUAGUCACAUUGGAAUACAUUUCGCGAUGAGAACACAUCGCCGGAAAAAUUUUCCCCAAGUUGGAAGCCGCAGAUCAGCUGUUUUACUGAACCGAGAAAAGAGGCUCGCUGUCACCGUAGGAUUAAUCCUAAUAAUGCUGAUAUUAUUGAUCCUGCCAGCUUUAAUUUCCCCUGUUGCUCUGAUUUUAAUGGGGUUCAAAAGGUUAGCACCCUUUCGGGUAUUUAUUACCAUAUUUAUAACGUUGAACGGAAUGUUAAACCCACUGAUCAACUUCAGAAGAAACGAAGCGAUUCGACAAUCAAUACGUAAAAUAUUUGCAUGUACGAGACACUAA